UUAACAAUAAAAUAAGAUUCUGUCAAAAAAAAAAAAAUAUAAGAAUAAAAUAUCAAAACCGGUCAAUAAGUCAAAAAAUUUCAAUUACAAACAAACUGUACUUGGCUACGUACUUCCUAAAAUUUCGAAAUUAUAAGACCAGAUAUAAUGUGUGUCCGUACUAUAUCUGUAAUAAAAUAAAAUAUAUGUGAAGAAGAGAAAGCACAGUCCAGUUGUUAACAGGUGGGGAGACAGAGAGUCUCAGAGAGAAAGAGGGAGAGGGAGAAAUAAGGUGACGGAGAGAGAAAGAGGGUUUUGGAGAUAAAGGCUUUUACAGGGAGAGAAGGGGUUUUAGAGAGAGAAAGAGGGUUUUAGAGAGAGAAAGAGGGUUUUAAAGCGUGAGAGAGGGUUUUUAUCAAGAGCAGCAAAAGAUGUCGUUGAGGAGGAUAUGCAGAGCCUAUCACCAGGGACGUGACGACAUGACAUUAUGGAGGUUCGUAGGUUCCCGAUCUCGUAGUGACGUGGUCGGCGAAACUUGCCUAACAACUUUAAAUAAUGGCCUGAAAAUAGUGUCACAAUCAUCUCAGAGGGAGGAUGCAAGAGUUGCACUUGUCAUUCAGUGUGGCACAAUGUAUGAAGGCAAGGAGAAAUUUGGUGCUACUGAGCUGGUGAAACGGAUGGCUUUUUACAGCACGUACAAGCGUUCCAGUGGUCAGAUUGAACUGGAUCUUGAAAAAAUUGGUGGCUGCAAAUCAUGUUCUACAUCUAGAGAUCACAUGAUUUACACCAUCAAAGGUCGGAAGUUUGACCUGCCCCUUAUGGUUGACUUGCUAGUUGACAAUGUUCGGAAUCCAGUGUUCUUUGAGCUGGAAGUUCAACAAAAGAUUCAAGGGAUGGCUGAAGCAUCAUGCGAGCCUAGAUAUUUGUUGUUAGAUGCCCUACAUGCUGCUGGCUAUAUUGGUGCACUAGCUAAUCCAGUUAUUGCCCCGAAAUCUACGCUUGACAGGCUCAAUGCCACAACAGCCCUGCAGUUUGUAACUGGAAAUUUUACUGCUUCCCGAAUGGUGCUUGCUGCAUCAGGAGUUGACCAUAAGGAGCUAGUAAAAUAUGUCGAACCUCUUGUUAUUGAUAUGCCUAGCGUGUUACUACCAAAGGAGGCACCAUCAGUAUAUGUUGGAGGUCAAAGGCAUAUAAGUGCCGAUUCUGAGCUUACCUAUAUUGCUCUUGCAUUUGAACUUCCUGGGGGCUGGCAGCAACUGAAACAUGCUAUCACCCUCAUGGUUCUUCAGAUAUUAUUGGGUGGCUUCCAAUCUGGAGGUGGCGUUGAUGGCCGAGGGAAAGGGCUGCACUCAUGGCCUUAUGUUCGUGUGUUGAACAAAUAUCCAGCUGUCGAGUCAUAUACCACUUUCAGCUCUAUUUAUAGUGAUACUGGCUUAUUUGGAAUCAUAGUUUCCACAGAAUCCAAAUCUAUACCACAGGCUGUUGAUGUUGCAGUCAAGGAACUGAUUUGUGUUACCAAACCUUCCGGAAUUGUCCGAAAAGAGCUAAAAGAUGCCAAACUGGCAACCAAAGGUGAAAUAAUGAAGAAUUUAGAAUCUGGAGUGGUUGAAUUGGAAUCCAUGGCUAAACAAGUUUUGAUGUAUGGAGAGAGGAUACCCCUGGACCAAAUUUUGGAAACGAUUGAUAAAAUUUCGCGUGAGGAUGUUGCCUAUGUUGCACAAAAGCUCAUCUCUUCUCCUUUAGCAAUGGCAUCCCUAGGGGAAGAUUUUCAUGUGCCAGCUUAUGAAUCACUGAGCAGGUUGUUUCAUGUGAAGUGAUCUUCUAUCUGCUUUACCACUUUUAGGUUAAUUUGUGUAAUUGUGACAAACUCGGAAAUUUUUAUAAUUAUAUAUAAGCUUGUUAUUAAUUUUCUAAAAGACUGAGUCCAAUUUGUUGGAUUUUCAAAACCAAUUUUGUGAGUUACUGCAAUAUUGUGGUUAUUUGAUUUAAUUGUGAUACA